CGAUAUGUCCUGCGUAAUCAAUUACGUACAUACAUCAUACAUGAAUGUGUAGCCUCACUGCAAUAAUAAAAUAUCACCAAAUACUAGUUAUAAAUAGAUUAUCACCAUACUUACUAUAGCCAUCAGAGCAAAAUUAAGACACAAAAAAUUGUCACUAAUGGAGUCCAAGAAAAACACCUUAAGUGUACUUAUGUUACCAUGGCUAGCCCAUGGUCACAUUAGUCCAUUUCUAGAGCUAGCCAAAAAACUCACAAAUAGAAACUUCCACAUUUACAUGUGUUCCACUCCAAUAAACCUAAGUUCCAUCAAGAAAAACAUCACCAAAAAAUACUCUCAAUCAAUAGAAUUAGUUGAGAUUCAUCUUCCAUCUUUGCCAAAUCUUCCUCCUCAAUACCACACGACGAAUGGCCUUCCACCCCAUCUCAUGAACACACUCAAAAUAGCUUUUGAAAUGGCAGCUCCAAAAUUUUCCAAAAUAUUACGAACUCUAAAUCCGGAUUUGGUCAUUUAUGAUUACAAUCAACCAUGGGCUGCUGACUCUGCUUCUUCUAUGAACAUCCCUGCUGUGCAGUUCCUCACUUUUGGUGCUGCUGUUGUUUCUAUGGCCAUCCAGAUUUCUAAAGACACAGAAGACAAGUUCCCUUUUCCUGAAAUUUACCUGCACGAAUACGAAAUGAUUUCAUUGAAGGAAGCUGUUAAAGAAUCACCAAGUGACAAGUACUCAUUUGAUGAGGCUCUUAGGUUAUCGCGUGACAUUAUGCUGGUGAAAACCUGCAGACAUUUUGAAGGGAAGUAUAUAGAUUAUCUUUCGAAUUUGGUUUCCAAGAAAAUCGUCCCCGUUGGUUCACUAGUUCAAGAGUCCAUUGACCAAGAUGAUCACGCGGAGAUCAUGCAAUGGCUUGACAAGAAGGAAAAAAAUUCAACUGUGUUUGUCUCAUUUGGGAGUGAGUAUUUCCUAUCUAAUGAGCAGAUACAUGCAGUAGCUCAAGGACUUGAGCUUAGCAAAGUGAAUUUCAUUUGGGUCAUCAGGUUUCCACUAGGUGAAAGAAUUAACAUUCGAGAUGCAUUACCAGAAGGGUUUCUUGAAAGGGUAGGAGAAAGAGGAACGGUCAUAGAAGGAUGGGCCCCUCAAGCAACAAUUCUUCAACACCCAUCGAUAGGUGGAUUCGUGAGCCACUGUGGAUGGAGUUCAUUCAUGGAAAGUAUGAAGUUUGGUGUGCCCGUAAUUGCCAUGCCAAUGCACAUUGACCAACCAGUGAAUGCUAGACUUGUGGAAUAUAUUGGCAUGGGAGUGGAAGCAGCGAGGGUCGAGGAUGGGAAGUUACAAAACGAAGAGAUUGCAAAGGUGAUAAGGGAAGUGGUAGUAGAGGAUCGCGGGGAGGCUGUGAGGAAGAAAGCUAAGCAACUGAGUGAUAGGAUGAAUGCGAAAGGGGAUAAAGAGAUAGAUGGUGUGGUGGAAGAACUGGUGGCACUUUGUAACAACAAAUGAUCAGCAACAAUUACGAUUUAAUUUGCGAUCUGUAACGAAUUCUUACACUAUCAGUGUAACUUGACUAUUGUAGCAAUUUAUUUAUCAUCCUUUUCAGGUACCAA